AUGAAAUCGAGAAUUUUCCCUAACGCUUUUGCACUUUUGGGGAUUUACUUUCUGAUUAGCAUUGCGCUUUUCAGUACUCCAUCACAAGCAGUUAAGCAUAAUUUAUUCCGAACCUGCGAGCAAAACAAAUUCUGCAAGCGAAAUAGACACAUUGCUGACUAUGCUUCUUCGCAAACCCUCGAAGGAAAAGAAUGGACCUCUCCAUAUGAGAUUGAUGUUGCAACUGUAGCUCUUAACAAGGACAAGACUGCAAAAUUGACCGGCAACAUUCUUAAGACCACUCCUAAGGGUUUUGUCACAUUGCCAUUCUCGCUUUCAUUUUUAAAGUCUGGCAUUGUGAGAUUUACUCUUGAUGAGUUGAAACGUCAGGACGGCAACAUUGAAAUUCCCGGAAACAAGAAUAUUCGUAAAGAGCGAUACAAUGAUCUUGACAAGUGGACCUUAAUUGAGGAGAACUUGGUUCUUUCUGACGGCACUGAGCUGAAUAUUGAACAAGUGGAGCACGAUCUUAAAAUUUCUUAUGGUGGUGGAAAUAAGCUUUUCCUUCAGUCCAAUCCUUUUAGCAUUAAAUUCUACAGAAACGAAGAGCUCCAGGUUGUUCUCAAUGAACGUGGUUUGCUGAAUCUUGAGCAUUGGAGAGCACAACCUCCAGCUCCCAAGGAGGGCGAAGAGCAGGUUAAGGACAGUGAACUCAAUGUCUGGGAACUGGAAGAAGGAAUGUGGGAGGAUACAUUUGACGGCAAGACAGAUAAAAAGGUUCGUGGCCCUGAGUCAAUUGCACUUGAUAUUUCUUUUAUUGGUUUUAAACAUGUUUAUGGUAUUCCUGAGCACUCCGAUUCUCUUUCGCUGCGUGAAACUAGAGGACAAGCCGAGGGCCACCACAAAGAUCCAUAUCGUCUCUUCAACGUCGAUAUUUUUGAGUACGAGGUUGAUAGUCCUAUGGCCAUGUAUGGUUCAAUUCCUUUUAUGCAGGCUCAUAAAGCAGGAAGUUCAGUUGGACUUUACUGGAAUAAUGCUGCUGAUACCUAUGUUGACAUUAUCAAAACACGGCCAUCAAAUGAUAAGAUGAUUUCAUCAUUACAAAGCACUCAAACUCAUUGGAUUUCGGAAAGUGGUUUGAUUGAUAUUUUUGUCAUUCUUGCUGACGACCCCUCUGAGGUUAACGAAAAGUAUGGUUCUUUGACUGGUUACGCUCUUCUUCCCCAGUCUUUUGCUAUAGGUCAUCAUCAAUGCCGCUGGAACUAUAAUGACAAGUCUGAUGUCCUUGAAGUCAACAGUAACUUUGACAAAUACGAUAUUCCAUACGACGUUAUUUGGCUUGAUAUUGAAUACACUGAUGAUAAGAAGUAUUUUACAUGGAAUGAAAAGGCCUUCAAAGGUCACGAUGACAUGAUCAAGGAGCUGGAUGAGACUAAGCGCAAACUUGUCGCUAUUAUUGACCCCCACAUUAAGGCAGUUAAGGGCUACAAGCAGUUUGAGACUUUGGAGUCUAAGAACUUGGCAAUCUGCAACACUGAAGACAAGCCUUACCAUGGUCACUGCUGGCCUGGUGAGUCAGUUUGGAUUGAUACAUUGUCUCCGGAGGCCCGCAAGCUUUGGGUCUCUUGGUUUGGCAAAGAUCAGUCUUGGGCUGGAAAUAAUGAUAACUUGCAUAUUUGGAACGAUAUGAAUGAGCCUUCUGUUUUCAGUGGUCCUGAAACUACCAUGGACAAAAAUACAGUGCACUUUGGAGGCUGGGAGCACCGUGAUGUUCACAAUCUUUACGGCAUGACAUACCACAACGCUACACUUGAUGCUCUUAAUGAGCGUUACAACUAUAAGCAACGUCCAUUUGUUCUUACCCGUGCUUACUUUGCCGGUUCUCAGCGCACUGCUGCCAUGUGGACUGGUGACAACAUGGCUAAAUGGGAGUACUUGAAAGCUGCUACACCUAUGAUUUUGACAUCUGGUGUUGCUGGUAUGCCCUUUGCUGGUGCUGAUGUCGGUGGCUUUUUUGGAAAUCCCAGCACUGAGUUGUUGACUAGAUGGUACCAGGCUGGUGCAUUUUAUCCCUUUUUCCGUGCCCAUGCCCAUAUUGACUCUAAGCGCCGUGAGCCCUGGUUGGCUGGUGAGCCUUAUACUAGCAUUAUCAAGUCUGCGAUUCAGCUGAGAUACAAGCUUCUGCCUACCUUUUAUUCAGCCUUUUAUCAAGCAAGCAUUGAUGGAUCACCUAUUUUGAAACCUCUUUACUAUGUGACACCUAACAAUGAAGAUUCAUUUGCCAUUGACGAUGAGUUUUAUGUUGGUGAUUCCGGUAUUUUGGUUAAACCAGUUACCGAGGAGGGAGCCACAUCAGUGAAUCUUUACAUCCCAGAUGACGAAUUUUACUAUGGCUACGAUGACCACGAAAAGAUUUACAAGGGAGUAGGUAAUUACCGCAUUGAAGCCCCAUUAAACACAAUUCCGAUGCUUCUCCGUGGUGGUCACAUUCAUGUGCGCAGAGAUAGACCAAGACGUUCAGCCACUUUGAUGAAGUAUGACCCGUACACUCUUGUGAUUGCUCUUGACAAAAACGGACAAGCCAAAGGUGAGAUGUUCAUUGACGAUGGCGAGUCCUACAAUUACGAGAAGGGCGAAUAUUUGCGCCCAGAAUUUGAGCUGGACAUUGAAACAGGUAUUCUGAGUGGCACAAACGAGGAUGAGACUGUGUUGACGCCAUACUUGAAGUCGCUUUGGGUUGAGAAAAUCAUCAUUAUUGGUGCCAACGCGAACCAGAUCAAAGAGGGCACGGCUGAGGUUGUUGAGCAGGAUGAAGCUGGUGAAGAAGUAAAACGCUCUGUGCAAGUGAAGCGUUUGAGCCAAAACAGUGCCGUAAUUGUUGGUCCUCGUGUGAAGCUUGCUAAUGACUGGAGCAUUGAGUUUAAAUAA